AGCAUUAGUCCUAAAUGAUCCGAUUUCAAUCUAUAAUCGAUUUUUAGUGAAAAUAAAUAAGUUUUAUGCUAAACCUAACUAAGAACAAUGGGGCGGGGUUACAGGUCAUUUUUCCAAUAGUUGAUUGCAUUGUGGGAAACCACGUGACUAUUGUACACAGUGAAUUCGCGUGCAUUUAAAUAACAAAAUACUAUGUUGAAAGCACAAGUGUUUGAAAGCAGAAUGUAGUUUUACUUUGAAGGGGAAAAGUGUAGCACGUGCAAAUAUACAUGUAGGUGACGGAAGUUUUUCACGAGACAUUUCCCCCGAGUCUUUCAGCACUAGCACAUUUCAACACCGAAAGUGAUAUUUCAGAGCACACGUUUUGUUAUUCAAAAUAUUAUCGGUUCACGAUAAAAUUAUAACGUUAAUCAACAAUUCAGAGUCGUUAAAUAAACAUAGGAAUUUAUAUUGAGUGGAGACACAGUGUGUAUAUUUACUAAACCAGUAUUAAUUUAUUUACUUUUAAAAAUAGUUAUUUAAUUAGUGCCGUGACUUUCACUUUGGUCAAAUGUUGCUAACAUCGAAUAUGAGGCAAACUCCAGAGGUGCCGAGUUCCUCUUUAAACACGGAGACAGCAAUACAGUUAUCACAGAGUAUGGACUCAGUUAAUACAUCUCCAGAAGAAGAGGUACGAACACUAUUUGUGAGUGGUCUGCCUAUGGAUGCAAAGCCAAGAGAAUUAUAUCUCCUCUUCAGAGCUUACAAGGGUUAUGAAAAUGCUUUACUAAAGGUGAUGGGUAAACCUGGCAAAAAUAACAGUGGUUAUGAAGGUUCGUUAUUAAAGGUCACGAACAAAAACGGCAAAAAUACCUCACCUGUAGGAUUUGUAACAUUCAGUUCCCGAGCAUCUGCAGAAGUAGCCAAGCAAGAUUUACAAGGUGUGAGAUUUGACCCUGACCUACCACAGACUCUGAGAUUAGAGUUUGCCAAGAGUAAUACUAAAGUUACGAAGCCAAAACAACAAAGUCCCCAGCCUGCGGCAACACUUCCCACGUUUAUACAUCCUCUUACUGGUCGCGGGGGUUCAAUGUCUGAAUCGUUAACUGGACGAGCGUUGACUGUCGGUGCUCCUGAGGCGUGGGCGCCACACCCAUUGGCUGCCUAUCCUGAGUUAAAUCCGAAUGCUGCAGCUAUCCAUCACACAGCACUCAUCCAGCACCCAGCCUUAGCACAAGUUCCGGUACGGGAAUGGAUACACCACUUUCCACAGGAAUGGAUUACACAUUUUCCUCAGAUACAUCACCCAGCAGUUGUAGCACCCCAUACGGCCGUAUCAGCUGCCUUGCCACAUCCGCCAUUAGCAGCCACGCCUAUUUUAACUAGCCCAAUUAGCACGAUGAGCACCCCCUCGACGUCGAGUUCGCCACUGAUGCAGCAAAAUGCACCGUGCUCCACGCUCUUUGUGGCCAAUCUUGGUCAAUUUUCAUCUGAGCAGGAGCUUAAGGACUUGUUUAGCAGUUUUCAGGGUUUCAACCGGCUAAGAAUGCAUAAUAAAGGAGGUUCACCAGUGGCAUUUGUAGAGUUUCAGGAUUUAAAACAAGCAACAGAAGCAUUGAAUAGACUACAGGGUUUUGUUCUCCUCUCCUCUGAUAGAGGAGGAAUACGUAUUGAAUAUGCAAAAAAUAAGAUGGGUGAGGUGGUGAGUGGACUUUAACACUGUUACUAUGGUAACAACCCAAUUAAACAAGGUACAAAUCAAGAGGUUCCUAUGAUGGUACCUGGUCAUACCACCAUUUCACCCACCUCAGUGUUAUGAUCUCAUUGGUCACCAUGGACACAACUAUUCUGCUUAAUGAUUGGACAUCUUCAUGGUUACCAAGGAGACAGAACUGAUGACAAUUUCCUGUAAUAAAAGGGAGAUAACUUAUUUAUUUGUUAAUUCAAUGGUUGUUAAUGAAUAGUUCAGUGAUUUUUUUUUGUAUUAUAUUAUAAUAAGUAUAUAUCUAUAUAUAGUGAUUUAGCUAUUUAUAUAAAAUAUGCAUGAAAUUUGUUGAAACCAUUUUUUCUGGUUUUUAUGUUGAUAUUGAAUAUUGUGUAUUGAUUAUUUGUUUAUUUGUUUUAGUGUUUAGCUAUGUAUCGAAGGAUUGUGAUUGGCUACGAAAAAGAACACAAGAUUUGCUUGGUAACUGUCUUAUUGAUAUUUACCCCACUUUUCCUUUUACUCACAUAUUUAUAUACAUAACACACUUUGGAUGACCCACUAAAUAUUCCAACACAACCAAAGGUUAAAGGUUAAAAAGUGACCUUCGAUGGGUUAUUUUUUGUAGAAAGUUUAUUUGGUGAUUUUUUUUUGGCAAUACAAAAUAUUGCUUGUCAAAAAACAUACCACUUUAAAAAGAAUUUGAAAACACUUCUUUAAACACAUCAGAAAAAAAUAAAAAAAAGAUAAAAAAAAAUAUGAAUAAUAUUUCACCUUAUAAUCAUCACAUAAGUAAGAUAGAUUAAUUCACUAAAUUGACACAUUUUCAAUAGCCAAUCACAAUCCUUGAUUAACUAGCUUCAUUUUCAUAUUUAAAUCAUGUUAUUUUUUGUCUCUGUUAUUCCUUGAAUAUUUAUUUUUUGAGGUCAGUUCAGGUGAAGUUUUAAGUACACAAAACCAGAACAUCUGGUUCAGAUAUUAAUUUUCCAUUAUUGUCUAUUUUGGAAGCCAUGCGCAAAACAUGAUAUUUCAAAUAAAUUUCUGUGUUUUUUUCACUUUGUUUAAUAUUCAACUAAAUUAAGACCAAUUAAAAAAAAAAAAAAAUCGGAACAAAAAAUAUACCUGGGGAGAUCAAAUUUAGAAAGAAGAUUAUCGAAUUGAAUUAAAAAAUAAAUGUUCAAGUGAGCUACCUUAGUAAUAGUCUCAUGAUUUGUUAUUGAUAUUACAUAAUUAGUAAAGAGUUUUGAUUAGCUCUUUUUCCGUCCAAUCAUUUCUUCAACAUAUCUUCACUGCAGGGGCAUAUCUAUAUUCAAACGAACAGUUAUUAUGCCUUUUAAUUUUAAUGAUUGCACAGAUCCUUGGCGGUGUUUUAUGCAUUGAUGUAGUGAGGAAUUCACCGUUUAUGAAUCUAAUGCAUUCUGGGUAAUAUUGAGGAAUUGCUUAAGAUGUGAGUUGUAAUACAAACUGUGUGCAAUUCUUCAAAUAAUCAGAACAAUUCAGGGAUUUUGUUUUGUUUUUUAUUCAAAAUGUAAAUUUUUAAUCACACGAGGAGCUGUAAAUUACAGUUAACCUCUUGUACCAUACACAAAAAAGUAUAAUCUAGAUUUUAUAAAGUAUUCAGUCAAAUUUGAAAAUUUCGAUGUGUUCUGUAAGAAUAAUGAAUAUGAAUAAAAAUUUAUUUAGUUUUAAUUUUGUUUAAAAAAAAUAGAUUGUUUACCAUUAAGGAGUUUGAAAUAGUUAACAAAAAUUUUGGUAGAUUGAAAAACUCAUUUAUUAUUAAUCCGAAACCAUGACAACGAAUACUUUUCAUCUUUUUAAUAUGCAAAUUGUGUAUCUGUGUUAAUAAUAUUCUCUGUUUUGGUUGUGCUAAAAGUCAAUAAAAAUUCCUUCAAUUAUUAGAUUUUAAUCUAUUAAUUAUCUAUAUUUGAAUUGACAAUGUAAAUUGUUCAGGAGUUUGAAAUUCCAGCCUAUGACGUGAUGAACAACAGGACCAAUUUAAGCAUCUCAUCAUUUUUUUUAAAUGGUCCCCCAUUUUUUGUACAUUUUUUGAAGUAUUCCCUUCGAACAAAUGCUUUGAAAUUGACAUUUUUUUUCAAUGACAUUCCACUUGUAAUAAUUUCCAAUGCUAUUAUUGUUAAUUGUUCUAAUAUUAUAUGUGUUGACGAAAAAACAUCAAACUUUUUAUGCAAAUGUUGUUUACAAUUUGUUGUUUUGUUUAAAAUGUAUAAUGGAGGCAACCAUAUAUAGUGCUGUGUAAGUGUUUUGUGUGUGAAAUGAAUUUCAGCUGUCUUUACGAUAAAUUGAAUAGUCUCCCUUGUAAUUGUGAGAAAUGACAAUUACCUCCCUUUGAUUUAUAUCAAAUUAACUCUACAGUUAGUGUAGUAUAAAAAUGAAUUAAAUAUUGCUGUUAAUCUGACAAUUUACAAAGAGUUUUUCUCUAAUCAAGAACAAACAAACAAGCAAGAUGAAUUGUUAAGAGAGCUGAAAUUAUUUGUAAAUAUUAAAUGUGUUACAUGUCUUUUUAUACUUUUUUCAUGAAAAGAAUAUUUAGAUGAUAGAAUUAAAUUGAUGAAACUCUUCAUUAUGAAAUUGUUUUCAAAUAGAAGCAAUAUAGUGUUUUGUAGAGAAUUAUUUUCAUUUUUUGCUUUAUUAUUUAUUUUGCUCAUUGAGGUCAACAUAAGGUGAUUGACAUUGCUUGUAAUAUAAUCAAAUAUUGAAUUAUUAUUUUGUAUAUUUAUCCUUUGUUGGACCCCAAAAUCUUACAGUUUUUGUUUGCUUUUCUGUCUCAAGAGAAAGAAAUUGCCAUUGGUGGGGUUCGUGAAAGGAGGGUUAUAAGCUUUUUGUAUUACUCAGUAUUUAUAUCCCUUCUAGGGCCUCAAUAUAUGAAAUCCAUACUAAGUUGUAGUGUCAUGUUUAGUAGCAUAUUAUUUUAGUCAUAUUUUAUGUUUACAAUGAAGUUUUGUCUGAUAAAUAAACAGCAAUAACCUACUUUUCAUGUGACACUGUUAAAUAUUGUUAGACCUCUUAUGCAUAUUGGAAAACAAUUCCUAAACAGGUUUUUAUUUUAUCUGUGUUUAAUGAAAAGUGGGAUUAAGCAGAAUUUGAUCAUCCCUUUUGGUGCCCCAUUUUUUGUUUGUUGUGUUGGUUAAUAGGUGAUUUCUUUUUCAUGGGAGAGGAAUAUGUUUGGUUUUAGAAAAUAGUUACUGUUUUUUUAUUAUUUACUUCUGAAAAAUGGGUACAGGCUAUGCCUUACUUAAACAAAGCUGAUAUUUAGGUUAGGAGAAAAAGAACUAAACAUUGGGAGAAUUUGACAAAGAAAGUGCUUCAGUUAACAGUAUUGUUUUCAUUAUUCAAUUUAGUUCACCAAUAAUAAUUCAUUUAAAGUCUGCUCAGUAAAUUUCUUGUUUUUCAUUCAAAUAGAUAAAUACAAUACAUCUUCAUACCAAAAUCUACUGAAUCCAAGCAGUACUUGUUUCUAUGUCUUUUUAAUUGAAAUAACUAUAACUGCAAACAAGUUAUAGGAAUGAUAUCUUAUUAAUAAGGGUAGACAAUUUAAGUAUAGCUUAUAAAACAGUAUUAAGAUAAGUAAUACUCAGAAUUUUUUUCAAGAACAAAGCUUUUCUGUUGUUUUUUCCAAACUGCUGUACAAAAUUUGUGUUCUAUUUUUUUAGUUGAAAAUAAUAUGUCAUUUUCAUAAAACUAACAAAAAUAUUCUUGAUACAGGGUAAAAAUGAAAGCAAUAUCAUAUAUUCAAGGCCUUUUUUCUUAUGUUUUAUUGAGUUCCCUUGUUUUACUUAUUUCUUAUUAAAUUUUUUGGUUAAGGUAGAAUUAACAAUAUAUCUGUGCAAUAUUUAGGACAUUUUAUAAAUAUAAUUUUCCAAUGAUUUCUAUAAUAAUUUUACUAAUUGUCUAAUUACAAAGCAAUAUUUAUUUGAUAAACUGUGGACAUGGAUUUGUUAAUUUAUAUCAAUUCUAAUAUAAUGAAAUAUAUGUUGAAGGUUUCCAAUGUUAGUUAAAAUUUUAACUUUAUUAGCUCCAUAGAAGAGAGUUAUGUAUUUCUAUUGAAAGAGUAUCAUGCUAGUAUUUUAUUAAAAAUAAUUUCUUACUAAAAUCUUUUAUAAUGGUAAAAACGAAUAAUGUAAUUGAAAUUUUUUUUUUAAAAUUUGGAAUAUUUAAUUUUUAUUAAUAUCGAGAUCAGCUUCAGGAUGCUCUUUUAUUAAAAUUAUCUAAUUAAGUUUCUUCCUAAUAAAGAAAAUUGACUAUACAAAUCACUAAUAUGUUUUUAUGAUAAGACAAUUGACUGUACAGAUUAAAGACAAUUGACUGUACAGAUUAAAGACAAUUAAAGUACAGAUUAGAAACGUACAGUAAUAUGGGUAAAAUAGUUAGUAGCCUGUGAUAAUUUGUUUAUAAAUAUUUAAUAAAUGGAUUAAGAUAAAAAUUAUGUAAAUUAGAUGAUUUGUGACUAAAUGAAUUAACUAAUCAAAACUUUAAAGAAAUAAAUUCCUUGACCUCUUUUAUAUAUAGUCUGAAAUAUCAUGUAAAUAGGAAAUCUAUUUAUAGUAACAAUUGAAUUUGGAUGUGUACAGACAGUAUAUAUAUACACUUGUUAACAAUUCAAGUAAACUUUUCACAAGAUUCUAACCAUUUGUUAACAAAUUAUAUUAGCCUACACUAGUAUACCCUCAAACAUGCAAUUCACAAUGAACAAAAUGGACUUUGAUUUUGAAAUGCAUCAUUUAAGCCAAAUCUGUAAUGGUGUAGGUAAACUAAAAAUUUAACUCAACACUUAGUCAUGGGUCCUGAUUUCAUAUUUGAACACAUUAUAUAUGUUUCGUUCCCCUUUCUUUUCUAGGGCAUUAUAUUUAUGCAGUUUGACUGUCUGUACACAACCAAAAUGUUCAUCAGUAGUUCUGUAUAGUUAGUUGUUGAUUCUCUGGUCAGAGACUAAAUUAUUUAGCUGUGUGAUUGUAAAUUGUAGAUGUGUGAUGGUUACAUGGUCAUUUUAUUGUAAAACAUCCACUCCCAGGUCACCAUGGUGACAUGGUGUUUUUUUAUUGUGGAAAUUUCCCUGGCAAUGCUACUUAAAUUUUUUAAAUAUAAUCUUUUUGUAAUUUAUUCGGCCAAAAUAUACUUAUUAGAGGUUCAAUACCUAUGUUUUCGAAUGUUUACUUCCAUAUAUUCAGAUUUCUGUAUAUGUUUUUUGUAUUUUGAUAUUUUUGUUCAAUUUACAAAGCACUAGAUGUGCAAGGUUCAGGUUGUUGUACUAUUAGUUCCGAUUUGUAGAAAAUCAAUUCAAUAUCAAUUGUUAUUAGAGUGAUGUAAAACUCCUAAUUCAACUAAAAUUAAAUUUACUUUUGGCCAUUAUUUAAUACAUUCAAAUUUUGUAAUAGUUUUUUUUCCUUGCCAGUGGCAUUCAGAAAGAUUGUGCAAUGUUACUUUUGCUCAAGACAAUUUUAAUUUAUGCAUUUGACCUUCUGACCUUCAACAAAGGUUAAAAGUGCCAUAUAGUAUGCAAGUAUAAGUCGAACUUUUGACACACAUAUCUUUUACUUUUGACCAAUUUUAGCUUGAAAAAAUCAAUCUGAUAAACUGUAAUGUAACUUUCUUUUAAUCACAUGAUCCUUUGUAUUAGUUUUGAUUGGUUGUUGAAGGUCAAAUGGUCUUUUGCUGUUACUAUGACAAUGACAGAGUUCGUGACUGUUUAUAUCUGAAAUAAAUCAGCAGAUGUCUCCAUUUA